CUGCAGCAGGACACGCCUCUGGACUGAAUGGAGCGUGCGCUAAAAUCAGACCUGCAGAGGAGCCAAACUGUGUUUUUAUUUUUUAAACCUAAUAUCAGGGUUUGCAAUUAUUACCAUAUCGACAGUAUAGGUUCCUUUUUAAUCGAGUAAAUGCAGCGAUGACGCGAGAGGAAGAUCUCAUCCGGAUUGCAAAAAAACUGGACAAGAUGGUGACUCGGAAUAACACGGAGGGCGCCAUGGACCUGCUGAAGGAACUACAAAGUUUCAAUAUGACACUAAAACUUCUCCAGGAAACGAGGAUCGGUAUGUCAGUGAAUGGAAUCAGGAAGCACUGCACAGAUGAGGAAGUCAUUGCCUUGGCAAAGGUUCUCAUUAAAGACUGGAAAAGACUUCUUGACACCGAGAAAGCAUCAUACAUGAAGAACACUUUGGACUCCAGCAAAACGACCGGGUCUCCAAGCAGCUCUCCCUCUGACACCCAGAGCAGGAGACUGGAUAUCAAAUCAAAACAUGAAUCAGAUCCUGACAAAAAAUACUCAGAUGAAAAAAGAACAGAAAAACACAAUGACGAACAUGAAAACAAAAAGCGACACCAAGAAGACCCCAGCCAUGAAAGACACCUUGAGGAGCCCCACAAUGAGAAACAUAACCAAGAAAUCCAAAGAGAGAAGCAUUUAGAAGAACCUCAAAAACAAGGGCAUGCAGGGGAUGCCCCACUCGAAGUAGAUUACUACAAACAAAAACAUGUGCAAGACCUGCAGAGUGAGAGAAACAAGCCCAAACCAAGGAAAGAAAGACCUUUAGGAGAGCCAAAGAAGAUGAGACACCUGGAAGAAGUCAAAAAGGAAAGACUGCCAGAGGAGCCAAAGAAGCACAGCUAUGCAGAUGACAUGGAGAAGGACAAAUUCAAAGAGGAUAGGAGACACGAGAGGCCGCCGAUCGAACCCCAGAGAGAGAAACCAACAUUUUACAAACCACUUUUUGAAAGGAGAGGAGUGAUGGACGGCAGUCUUCUUUAUCCCACCCGAUUCCCCUCGCCCCCUCGCCCUGCCAGGCCUCCACUCCCGGUUAGACGCCCCUCAUUGGACCUGAAAAAAGACAGGAAGGACGGUAAAGACUCUUUCUCCCGACAUCCCCGUCCUCACACUCCUCUACCCGCCUCUCCGCCGGCAAAGCGGCUUUCCCUGGAAGUAAAGAAAGAAAGGAAAUUUCCACUGGAUCCAAAUGCUCCAUUUGCUCCUCUUCCUCUUCACCUUCAUCCUCCUCCACCCAGAAAGGAGCCACCUGACCCCAACGCUCCUUUUGCUCCACUUCCAUUUCACCUUCACCCACAGUCUCCUCCCCCGCAGCGCCAUUUACUGGAUGUGAAAAAAGAGAGGUCUGGAUCAGAUGAGUUCUCAUUACAGCCCCCAUGUACUAAAGUCACGUCCCGGAAAUGUCUUGAGAGCGUUUUCCUCUUUGAAUUGAAACCUUGUGUUGUUUGCCACAGCAGGAAGGAGUCAUCAGACUCUAAACCUCCACUACAGAAGAAGUCAUCCGAUCUCAUAAAGAAAGACAGGAAAGAGUCAUCGGAUAGCAAAGCCCCUAUUAAACACUCAGAUGAGGCUAAGAGAGAAAGGAAAGAUUCAUUGGACUCAAUACCGCCCCUUCCCAAGAAGCCCAGUUUGGAUGUCAAAAAAGAAAAACACAGGUGUGAAGAAACAAAGAAGGACUCCUGCGACUCAAAGCCUGGCCCACCAGUGAAACAUCCAUCAACUGACUCCAAACCUGACAGGCGGAAAUCCAUCGAUUCAAAGAAAAGCAGCUCACCGCCAGCAAGGAAGCUAACGGCUGAAAGGAGAGAGUCUCACGGCUCCAAGACUCCUCAGACUGGACCGCCACAGAGAAAGCCCUCUACCGACAGCUUUGAGAAGAGGGGCAAAGCUGAAACUCCUAAAACUCCCACCACGCCAACCAGCCCCAUGUCCCCCAGCUUCAGUUCCCCCGGGGGGCCACUGUCCCCUCGUUACGCUACUGGGGACUCCAUCAGAGACAAGUGCAUUGAGAUGCUGGCAGCUGCCCUGCGCACAGACAACGACUUCAAGGAUUUUGCAACUAACUGUGACAGCAUGGCGGCAGAGAUUGAAGAUCAUAUCUAUCAGGAUUCAAAGGCCACUGAUAUGAAGUAUAAAAACAGAGUCCGCAGCCGUAUCAGCAACCUGAAGGACCCGAAGAACCCUGGGCUUCGCAGGAACGUCCUCGCAGGAAACAUUGACUUGAGUCGCAUCGCCACCAUGUCUGCUGAGGAGAUGGCCAGCGACGAGCUUAAACAGCUGAGGAACGUUCUCACCCAGGAAGCCAUCCGGGAGCAUCAGAUGGCCAAAACUGGAGGCACCUCCACCGACCUGCUGCAGUGCAGCAAGUGCAAGAAGAGGAACUGCACCUACAACCAGGUGCAGACACGCAGUGCUGAUGAGCCGAUGACCACAUUUGUCCUGUGCAAUGAGUGUGGUAACCGCUGGAAGUUCUGCUGAGACCUUCCAGAUGAUCUUGAUUUUUUUCUUAGCAUAUUGAACUUAAUUAUUUUCUAUAUUGGGAAGGGGAAGGAGAUUAUUGCUGCUAGUGAUUUGAACAGAUAAAGUGUUUUUAACAAUUUUUACUUUUUUAGGUUUUUAGGCUUGUGCUAAUAAACACAGUUUGCUUUAUGUUGAAUUGAAGAUUGAGCAUGAACGUCUGUUUGAUGACCAUUAACACAUCACAAUGAUCAUGGUGCUGUCAUGAUGAGAACACUAUCCAGUUAUUAUGCUACGUGACAUACCUGUUGAAGUUCAUAAAUCAUAUGUAUGAUUGCUUGUUAAACCCACAUUUAAUAAAGAAAAUUCACAGUCUUAA